UUUCAAAGCCGGCUACGACCAUGGCGUCCCUGCCCUCUCUCCCGUCGCCCUGCACGGCAAGGCGCUCCCUUUUCCCAGCCAAGAUCAACCACCGCGACAAGCCAAGAUCGACCACCUCGCCAAUCAACAGCGGCAAGAGCCACAGCGGCAUCAAGAAGCAGCCUCGCCGCCGCGACAUCACUAGCUUCGAGAUCGACUUCUCACGCACCCUCGGCACCGGCUCGUUUGGCUCUUGCUUUGGCGUAAAGGGCGAUGAGCGCGUCGCCAUCAAGGUGCUCGGAGGGGAAUCCGGGCGGCGCGAGUGCUUCUUCUACGACCGGCUCGACCACAAGGGCGUGAUCAGUGUCUACGCGCACGGCUCAACCUGCGCCGGGACAUACGCGAUUGCCAUGGAGCGGUGCCUCGGUGGUGAGCUCUUCGAUCGCGUCUCAUACUUCCCGCUGCCGGACGAGCAGACCGUCCGCCGCAUCUUUUGCGAGCUUCUCGACGCGGUGGAGCACUGCCACAGCCGCGGCGUCGCGCACCGCGACAUAAAGCUGGAGAACAUCCUUUUCGCCGACACCUCCGGCGGCCCAAUCCGGCUCAUCGACUUUGGGCUCGCGCACCAGUACCCGCCCGCGCAGGGCGGAGGCUACGACCGCUCCAUGCCGCUCCGCGACCGCGUCGGCUCCAAGAGCUACACCGCCCCAGAAGUGCUCGACGGGCUCGGAUACGACGGCUUCGCCGCCGACAUGUGGUCCUGUGGGGUGGUCCUCUUCACCCUGCUGACGGGCACCUUCCCCCACCCCGACGAGCCGCCCGCCAACCUCGACUUGCGCCUCGUGCGGUCCGGCCUGGACCUCCCCGCAGCCGUCGUCGGCCUCCUCGACUCCCUCUUUGAGGCGGACCCGGCGCGCCGACCCAGUGCCGGCGAAGCGCGGCGCCACGCCUGGUGCGCCGGCGCAUCGGCGGGCGGCGCCCGGCGCUGCGGCGCAUCAUGCACCGGCAAGGACGACUGGUGCGUCUACUACCGCGGGGCGGAGGUUGCGGAGCGGCGCGAUCCGAGCGACGCGAGCGACGCGCUCACGGAGCCAUCGGGCUUCAGCGCGACGCACCUGGAUGAUAUGCUGGAGGCGGACGCGCGUGAUUGGGAAGCGGUUGCAGAGAACACCGAGCUGGACGCGUACCUCGAUUCUCUCGCGGCGCCGAUCUGGUCCAGUGGAUCGGCAGCUACCCCCUCGCCGCCGCCCAUGGCAUCGUCGGCGACCCCCUCUCUGACUCUGUUUGACUGCUUGCGGCGCCGCCUGGGUGGGAGAGGCGUGUGAGGCUUGGAAAGAGUGCAGAAUGUUAUUGUUGUUAGUUUAGAUGUUUACUAUUCGCGACGACUGCUUUUUGAGCAGCCUCCUGUGUCAACGCGACUGUUCGUGGUGUGAUCUGGCUUAAUAAAUAAAUGUGGUAUGUACCAGACAUCUCCUGGAG